AUGGACACUCACUCGGCCCAGGGAGUGAGCCCGGUCGAUUUGCUGUUACUGCGGUCGCGCCGCGCACUAAAUAGCAACUCCAAAAUGGAUGCUGAAACUCUGCGCACUAUCUUGGAAGCCCAAACCACGGCACAACAACAAAUGUUAACUGAGCUGAUGAAGCGUAUGGAAAAGAUGGCUUCCGCUACACACCCAGCCGUUCCAUGUGCACCCGUCGCCACGGCCGAAUAUGUCACAAAUUCUCUGUCGACACGCUUACCUGAGUUCGUGUACGAUCCGGACAGUGGUUGUACAUUCGAGGUCUGGUACAACCGCUACGAGGACGUCAUCUCAAGGACGGUGCUACCUUGGGUGAUGCAGCAAAAGCUCGACUAA